ACAAAAUGAUCAGCUAAAAAGGCUCCAUUUUUUCCGGUGAGAAGCAUCAACUUCCAUCGUUCCACUGCCACAGUUCUCUCAUCUCUGCCCCUUAACACCCACCAAAAACACUUUGCUUCUCUUCACAGCUAUCUGCGAGGAUCAUACAAUUCUGUUUCUAGAUUAUUCCAUUUAAAUUCUUAUUUUAAUCAUGACACGUAAAUCUCUCACAUUCAUACAGCGCGCACAUUCACAAACACUUGCUGUUGAAGCGAUCGAGGAUGGGGGAUCUUCUGUUGACUUUCCGAUGGAGUCUCCACCUUCAAAUCAGUUCCGUAUUCCGGUUUACCUUUAUCCUAAGGGCGCUUCAUCCUCUCCCCCCCUGGAAUCUCGCUACUUGAUGAUAUUCCAUUUCAUGUCUCCAUAUCUUUCGGCUCGAGGUUUCUUAAGUUCAUCAGCAUUUUGUAAUCGAAGGCAAGCAUUCUAGCCCUUUACGAACAAUCUGAAUAAAUUCGGGUAUAUUGCAUCUAUGUCAACCGAAUUCAAGUUGAAUGUUACUAUUAAUCCCGAUGUCAAGGAAUCGGAUUUCAAUUCUUCAAUUGAGAUGUCUCCACUUGGUGGAAAGGUGAAUGUGGUGCGCAGGAUCAUUGGUGGUCUUCUUCCUCAGGGAAAUCAACCAGGUAGCGGUAUGUUAUCCCCUGCAGAGCGCAGAGCAACAAACGAAAGAUCCAGAGGCAAUCGGGCCAUGUCAAAUGAGAAUGAUGAACUCCAUGUUGACACAAGUGAGAAGAGGGCACACGAACUCAAAGUUAGAUCUGGACCUCUGUUAUCUGGAUCUGCAUACUGUCUCUCUUCUUGCAGCAUGAUAUUGCUCAACAAAGUUGUCCUUUCAAGUUAUGCUUUUGAUGCCGGAAUAUCAUUGAUGUUUUAUCAGAACCUCAUCAGUUCUAUCAUAGUUAUCAUUUUGGGUUUAUCUGGAGCAGUUUCACUGGAAAAGCUCAACUGGAAGCUGAUUAAGGUGUGGGUACCUGUGAAUUUGAUAUUCGUGGGCAUGCUUGUUUCAGGCAUGUAUAGUUUGAAGUACAUAAAUAUUGCAAUGGUAACGAUCCUGAAGAAUGUGACAAAUAUUUUAACAGCAGUUGGUGAAUUAUAUAUAUUCCGUAAGCGACAGAAUCAAAAAGUGUGGACUGCGAUGUUUCUUAUGAUUAUCUCUGCCGUAACUGGAGGUAUAACAGAUCUCUCGUUUGAUGCAACGGGUUACACAUGGCAACUAGUGAAUUGCAUUCUGACUGCAAGCUACUCACUUACCCUACGGCGAGUCAUGGACACAGCCAAAGCUGUGACAAAAUCUGGAUCUCUGAAUGAAGUUUCAAUGGUGUUGCUGAAUAAUUUAUUAUCAUUACCAUUUGGCGCAUUCUUGAUUAUCCUAUUCGGCGAAUGGACUUAUGUGAUCAACGCGGAUGUAACCAAGAUUCCCAUGUUUUGGGUUGUGGCAACUGCUAGUGGGAUUCUUGGACUUGCCAUUAGCUUCACCUCCAUGUGGUUUUUGAACCAAACCGGUCCUACCACUUACAGCUUGGUGGGCUCGUUAAACAAGAUUCCCAUCUCGAUUGCUGGUUUACUGUUGUUCAAUGUUCCCGUUAGCCUGCCAAAUCUCUUCAGCAUACUAUUUGGUUUAUUUGCUGGUAUAUUCUUUGCCAAGGCCAAAAUGUCAUAAUCGCAUACUGUCUUUUAGUCAAAAAGCUUGUGCCAGUUACAUGCUGAUUGGUGAUAGGAACCAGAUCAAAGUACGAUUCUGGAAAUAAUUUAAAUCGGAAACCAUGAAGGGUUUGAAGUUAAA